AUGCCUAUUUACACAGUUCCUACAAGAAGCCCCUCUGAGGUACAACGUACUACCACUUUGCAGAAGGCUUCUUCGCAGAAUACCUUUACCAGCAGCAGGGUGUCUGGGCAACAUCUGCAAUCACGUGAAUCAGGGGAAGAAAAGGAUAGUCUACUCUCAUGUUCUCUGAAUAAGACUGGGGAAGUAAAUAGGACCUAUGUGAUUUCAGCCUGUAAAAAAGUGGGCGACAUAUCAGCUACCUUUAAACCUGAAGGCAGAUUAACGCUCCGGAGGAGAACUGGAGCAAACAAAAAACCAGUGUCUGGUAGUGAACAAUUGCAUGCAAAUACAUCACAGGGCAUGCAAAAUACACAAAUGGAGAAAAGAUUUACUCUGCAGAAGUGUGUGAGGACUGGCUCCAUGGAGAAGACUAAAAUUACUCGGAAUACUGUGUCUGGAAUAGAAAAUAAUGACUUUGCUGCACAAAGAAAUGACAAGAUUGCACUUACACCAAAUAUUAAUACUAAUGAAACCCAUGAUGUUAAACCAAGCUUUAAAUUAGUUGAGGGUCAGUCAAAUACAAAGUUGCAGUGUAACCUGAACAGCAAGGAUUCCUUUGGCUUUGUUGAUGGUCUGCGUGAAAACAACAGUUGUGUGCAUGUAAAAUACAGGACAAUUGCUGCUGACACAAAAUUUCAAAAUGAAGUUCCUAAAUCAGAACAAUUAGUUACCUCAAAAUAUACUAAUAAGCUAACAGGAGAACAACUGAAUGAAAAUGGUAACAUAAAUAAGCUAGCUGCAAAGCAAAGGUUACCACACUUGAUGAUAAAGCAUAACAGUUUAGAAAGACUGAGGACGCCAAUAAAAGGUUCAACAGAAGGAUUUAAGCUUGCAUCAAAGAACAGCAUUUCUCAGGAUCAGUCAUCUCUGUCAGCUUCAAAUGAGCAAACACCUAAUCUUCGCAUUUUAGCCAAAAAGAAAACUAGUGUCACCAGCUCUCCUUCUGUCAGUAGAAGAUCAAAACCAAAAGAGAACACGGAAACUUUUGCUGAGAGCAGUAGCACUGAGAAAGAUGUUUUCCAAGUGGAAAAUAGCAAAGUGAUUGUAGCUGUGCGUGUACGGCCUUUUAGUAACAGAGAGAAAAAUGAAAACUCACUUCCUGUAAUCUCCAUGAAUGGUUCAGAGACAUCUGUACGAAAUCCAGCCACAAACCAGGCUUACAGCUUCAGUUAUGACUUCUCUUUCUGGUCUUUUGACAAGUGUCAUCCUAAUUUUGCAAGCCAAGCAACAAUUUAUAGAACUUUGGCAGUGCCACUCCUAAAAAGAGCUUUUGAGGGCUAUAAUGCUUGUCUUUUUGCUUAUGGGCAGACUGGUUCUGGAAAAUCAUACACGAUGAUGGGAUUUGAUGAAGACCGAGGAAUAAUUCCAAGACUUUGUGAAGAUCUUUUCACUCAAAUAGAACAAAUGGAUAAGCAACAGGUUUUGUAUCAUCUUGAAAUGAGCUUUUUUGAAGUAUACAAUGAGAAAAUUCACGAUUUGCUUGUCUUUAAAGCUGAAAGUGGACAGAAGAAAGAACCACUUCGAGUAAGAGAACAUCCCAUGUUAGGACCAUAUGUAGAAGGCCUGACAGUGAAUGUUGUCACUUCUUACUCUGAUAUCCAGAGUUGGCUUGAACUAGGAAAUAAGCAGAGAGCAACAGCUGCUACAGCAAUGAAUGACAAGAGCUCUAGAUCUCAUUCUGUCUUCACCCUUGUCAUGACACAAACCAAGGUAGAAUUUGUAGAUGAAGAACAAUGUGAUCGUAGGCUUACCAGUCACAUAAAUCUGAUUGAUCUGGCUGGCAGUGAAUGCUGCUUAACAGCUCAGACCAGUGGAGAAAGGCUGAAGGAGGGUGUGAGUAUCAAUAAAUCACUGUUAACCCUUGGAAAGGUUAUUUCUGCUCUCUCUAAACAAUCCAGAAAUGGAAAGAAAACUUUCAUUCCUUACCGGGAAUCUGUCCUUACUUGGUUGUUAAAGGAAAGUCUUGGUGGAAAUUCACAAACUGCUAUGAUUGCCACAGUAAGUCCAGCUGCUAGCAGUACAGAAGAAACCCUCAGCACUCUUCGCUAUGCAAAACAGGCUUGUUCAAUUAUCAACACUGCUAAAGUAAAUGAAGAUGUGAAUGCCAAGCUAAUAAGAGAAUUGAAAGCUGAAAUUGAAAAACUGAAGGCAGCUCAGAAAAGCGCUCUGAACACUGAUCCUGAAAAAUACAGGCGUUAUUUGCAGGAAAUAACAUCUCUGAGGGUAAAAUUGCACCAGCAGGAGAAGGAUAUGGCAGAAAUGCAAAGGGCCUGGAAAGAAAAAUUUGAACAAGCAGAAAAAAAGAAAUUGGAAGAUGCAAAAGAAUUGCAGAAAGCAGGAAUUGCAUUCAAAAUGGACAAUCAUUUACCAAACCUUGUCAAUCUCAGUGAAGAUCCUCAGCUUUCUGAGGUGCUGUUGUAUAUGAUCAAAGAAGGAGAAACUACAGUUGGAAGGUAUACACCAAAUUCAAAGCAUGAUAUCCAGCUUUCCGGAGUGCUAAUUGCUGAUGACCAUUGUGUUAUAAAAAAUACUAUUGGCAAAGUGAGCAUUAUUCCACUGGGAGAAGCAAAGACAUACGUAAAUGGAAAAUGCAUUUUAAACCCAACAGUUCUGCAUCAUGGUGAUCGAGUGAUCCUUGGGGGAGACCAUUAUUUCAGGUUUAAUCAUCCAGUAGAAGUUCAGAAAGUUAAAACAUCAUCUUGUGGGGCAACAUUUUUACAUGAUGGUCCAAAAGAUUUUGAAUUUGCAAAGAAUGAGCUGCUUAUUGCCCAGCGAGCACAGCUUGAAUCUGAAAUUGAAGAGGCACGACUCAAAGCCAAGGAAGAAAUGAUGCAAAGUGUCCAAAUUGCAAAAGAGAUGGUUCAACAAGAACUGACCUCUCAAAAAGAAGCUUAUGAAAGCAAAAUAAAAUCACUGGAGGCAGAGGUGAGAGAAGAAUCUCUUAAGAAGCAAAUCCAAGAACUGAAUAACCAAAAAGCUGCCACAAAAAUACAGGAGUUAGAGAAGGCAAAGCAGAACCUUGAGCUGGAGCUACGCUUCAAUAAGAAGCGUUUAGAAAUGGAGACCUUAGCUACCAAGCAGGCUCUAGAAGAUCAUACUAUUCGUCAUGCAAAGAUACUUGAAGCCCUGGAAGCUGAGAAGCAGAAGAUUGCUGAAGAAAUACACAGCCUUCAGAAGAAUCGUGGAAGUGGGAAUAAAACUAUGACUG